AUGUAUAGCUCGAAUCUUUCAGAUAAACAGGACAAUAAAACCAUAGAACACGAUGGAGAGUGGGAAUCGAAAACAGUGAUAUUGGAGAUUGGUGGUAUAAUGGAUGUGAACGCAGCACGAGAGGCUUUGAAUCGAAGUGAUAGUGCUAUACGUCGAUGCAACACAGAGAAUCCGAUACUACAAAUUUCCAAUUCUCUCUUCACAGCUGAAUGGAAUUCCAUUAUAGGCACGGAUAUGAUUUUCAAAUUAGAAGAGAAACAGCUUCGUUUUGUUGAAUGUUCAGAUGUUAGAUUGAAAGCUGAAAAAGCUUUGGUCAUUGAUAAUGAUGACAAGUAA